AUUCAUUAUAUACUAAGAUAAUAAUGGAUAACCUAAUCGGAGCUGGUUCAUCCAACAAUGGAUCGGACGGUGUUGAUAAGUUACUGGACCAAGAUCAACGGUUGCUACCGAUAGCCAACGUGGGGAGGAUCAUGAAGCAAAUACUGCCACCAAACGCAAAGAUCUCCAAGGAAGCGAAGGAAACCAUGCAAGAAUGCGUGUCGGAGUUCGUGAGCUUCGUGACGGGGGAGGCCUCCGACAAGUGCCGUCGUGAGAGGCGGAAGACGGUCAACGGCGACGACGUCUGCUGGGCUCUGGCCGCCUUGGGAUUCGAUGACUAUGCCGGCCCUUUGAAGAGGUACUUGCAUAGGUAUAGAGAGCUAGAAGUUGACAGGUCUUCCUCUAUUAUAAACAAUAAUCAAGAAAAUAAUAAUAAUAGUAACUUGAUGGUGAUGAGGUUAAACGACGAAAAUCUUCGUGCGUUUGAAGACCAUGGCCGUCGAAACGACGACGAUGCAUGUCAAUGAUAUUAUGGAACCCAACCCAGGUAAUCAUGAACAACCCAAAGAUUCUUCAAUUCUUUUAUUUUUGUCAUAAAUAAAAAUACUAAUUAGUAGCUUAAUUAGUUUUAAGUACUCACGCGGAUUAGAGUCUGCGUCUUUGAA